UGUCUGGAAAUGGAGAAAACAGAAAGGCCGUUGUGUACCUUGUGGCUUUCCAUAUGUUCUUUGUUAUGUUUGUAUGGUCCUAUUGGAUGACAAUUUUCACGUCUCCCGCUUCCCCCUCCAAAGAGUUCUACCUAUCCAAUUCUGAAAAAGAACGUUAUGAAAAGGAAUUCAGCCAAGAAAGACAACAGGAAAUUUUGAGGAGAGCAGCCCGGGACUUGCCAAUCUAUACCACCUCGGCUUCAAGAACCAUCAGAUACUGUGAGAGAUGUCAGUUGAUUAAACCUGAUCGGACGCACCACUGCUCAGCAUGUGACAUAUGUAUUCUUAAGAUGGAUCAUCACUGUCCUUGGGUGAAUAACUGUGUGGGAUUUUCUAAUUACAAAUUUUUCCUGCUGUUUCUAUUGUAUUCCUUAUUAUAUUGCCUUUUUGUGGCGACAACAGUUUUACAGUACUUUAUAAAGUUUUGGACGCUUUGCCGCAGGAAAUCUACAGAAAAUUGCCCCAAGAACGAGCUGUCGGAUACGCGCGCCAAAUUCCACGUCCUCUUCCUUUUCUUUGUGGCCGCGAUGUUCUUCAUCAGCGUCCUGUCGCUCCUCAGCUACCACUGCUGGCUGGUGGGGAAAAACCGGACAACAAUAGAAUCCUUCCGGGCAUCUACAUUUUCAUAUGGACCUGAUGGAAAUGGUUUCUCUCUUGGCUACAGUAAAAAUUGGAGAGAAGUCUUUGGUGAUGAAAAGAAAUACUGGCUACUUCCAAUAUUUUCAAGUCUAGGGGAUGGUUGCAGUUUUCCAACUCGCCUUGUGGGCUCGGAUCCAGAACAAGCUUCCGUUACAAGCCAGACUGAAUUUGCCAGAAGUAUUGGCUCAAAUCCACCCUUCCCUAUCAAACCGCUUAGUGAAUCAAAAAACCGAUUGUUGGAUAGUGAAUCUCAAUGGACGGAAAAUGGAUCUGAUGAAGGGGCUGUCCGAGCAGGUGAUGCUUCUCUCAGCCGUGCUGUAGCUGGGACAACUAACCAUGUUACAGUGGCAGUAGAAAAUUGAGUACCUCUUGUUCAUAACUAACCAUUUGACUAACAGCAAGGUUUAUGGAAAUCCAUAUGAACUGAUACUUUUCAGUUUUAUUUGGAAGAAAAAUGACCAAUGGGAUGAAGUGAAGUCCAGUAGAAGAUGUAUUUUUUACGAAACAGGAAACCUUGGUACAGUCACUGUCCCAGACGCACCCUCCAGGAUGAUGCCUUGAUCUCACGUGUCCGUCAGCGCAGCUGUGACCAGGCCGCAGAAGUGGCUGCGCUUUACUUUGGAAAUAACACCUUUAUGAGAUGCCGCAACACGAGCUGUCAGAUCACAUGACUAACACAUGUAGUUUGUGGGGUGCCUGAGUUGCAUUCUUACCAUGAGUUGGUUCCAACCAUGUUUUCACUCCAACAACACAAGCUAAAAACUUAUCUGAGUCUGCCUAGGAUCCUGUGGUGACUGAAAGUAGAUAAUCACCAUCGAAAGUACUGUUGCCUAGAAACUGUAUAAGGAAAACGAAAUAACGGCUUUUUUUAAUUGGAUGUCCAAUUUAUAAUUAGUUUUAUACUUUCAAUAAUUUCUAAUUUUUUUAUUGUUGGCUAUAACAUUCAGAGGGACUCAGAUCCCUAAAUAUAAUCAUUUAAAUCAUAGAGCACAUUUGUAUAGUUCACUAAAGACUGAGUUAUAAUCACGUGUACAAACACAUAGCUUAUCGUAUGCCCAAGGUUUAAGGGGAACUUGGCAGUCUUAAAUAUUUGGGGUUUUCAUUGCCUUUCUUUUUUUUUGUUGCUAUUGAACUUGCAGGUCUGUGUGCUACAGAGACUGAUGCAAUUGGGGUAGAUGGAAGUGACUAGGAGGAGAGAAAAGACGAAGAUAGGCAGGCUAUUGUAAGCUGUUCAGAGGAUAUUUUCAUUAAGGUACUUAGGAUGUCUUUCAAAUUUUAACUAUGGUAAUUCCUGAAAAUUAUGUUGAAAGUUUUACACUAAGCCUCUAAUAGCUUAAACGUGGAUCUGAAGUGCACUUGAACUGCGGGAAAGAAAUCCCGAUACCCGAGUUGUCAUUCCACCAUCCUCUCAGUCCCUAUAAAACGGAUUUCUUUUAAAUGCAGAAUUUUCAUUCUGAUUUCCGUGAAAGCACCCUUUUUGCCUAGAUAACCUCUCCUGUUAACAUCCAUUCAGAACAAGAGGAAUGACUGGAGUGAUUCUGAAGAAAAGCAUAGUGUCGUUUCAGAGAACCCAUAUAGGGCUUUAUACUGUUUAUUCAAACACAAUCCAAAAAGAUUGCUUCCAACAGAUUAUUAGAAAUCUUAACAAGCAUGUUGAGAAGCAUGUAAGGCUUUCCUUACCUGAAAAAUUAGGGUAGGGGGAGGCCUGUCAAUAACUGGAUGACUUCUAAUGUUCUUUGAUUCUUAAUUUGCAAGGUAGUAACUUUUCAUUCAUUCAACAAAUAUUUUGGGGGUACCUUCUAAAUGCCAAAUACUAUAGACAGCAUAAUAGCUCUAUAAUUCCUGAUAUAACAUCAGUUUUUCUAGCUAACUAUGCCUGGUUUACAAUUUAUAGAGCUUAUCUAAUUAUAUUGGCUAAAAAAAAGAUUUUAAAAGAAAAUAACUUUUUGCCGUUUGACCCAAAGGAGUGAAGUUAUCGUAGCUUUGGAAUACUACCUUUAUUAUAACUCCAGUCAUAUUAACCUUGAUUCUAGAAAACUUAUGUGUAGGACAUUUACAAGGUGUCACUUACCAACAAAAACAUCACUUCCGUUUGUCCGUUUCCCUUGGAAACAGUAGAUAUUUAGGCUUACUUGAUCACUAUCAGGAAAUUUCCCCUGGGACUCUCUACCUUUAGUUAAAAGGCUCUGCAUGCACUUGAUUAAAACUGAGGGAACAUCAUUCCCCCUUCUUUCCCCCCCCCCCUUCUUGUAGUACUAUAAUAUUUCACAGUUCUUCUCAUGCCUGUUAUUUCACUUCCUCUCCAAGACAUAGUAGACACUUCAAGCUUUUUUAUUUCAAGUCUUUUGCUCAAGCUCCCUUAGAUUUUAACUUAUCUGUUGCCAAGCUCCAGUACUUGGCUGCAUUUGUUGGUGCAUAUUAAUGCCCAUUGAGGAAGGGGCCCGUUACAGGUAGUAAGGGGAUCAAAAGAAAGGCUGCUUCUUUGGUAUUUCAAUUGAUACGAAUUAUUGACACCAACUGCUUGGGGAGAAAAACUCAAACUGAAGUCCUGUCAAAGUUUUUAAGUACUAUCCUUUGUCCUUCAAGGAUUUGAACAUUUGUGACACCAUUUAAGGACUAGAAAUUGAACUUCAGGUCUUGCCAUUGCCAUUAAAAACAAACUUGGAGACUUGGUUUACAUGGGCAUGAAUGUGCCCAAGUAUUCCAUCUGACCAGUGUUACUAUGCCAGACCAAAGAGCAGCUACAGUAUCCUAGUUAUUCAAACAAACAGGUUUACAGCUUUUUUCAUCUUUACAUAAUGGAUGACUUUAAAAAAAAAUAUUUUUACAUAAGGAGUGGUUCUAAUUGUCCUAAGUAUAGUUAAAAUCAAAUAUGCAACAUUUACUUGAAUUUUGUUUCUACUAGAAAGGUUUUGACGAUGUUUACGAGAUUAAAAUACUAUCAGAAUUUGAGCUUUCCAUGCAGUAAUCUGUAAAGAAGUGUAUAUGAAGGGCUUGAAGGUAAUCUGCAUAAUCUGGACAUUAAGUAGGCAGUGAUUUACAAAUACGCCCAGCUCACAUUUUGUUCUCAGACUGGCACUGCUGCCAAUGGAAGGUAUUUUAUAACCGAUUUAUGAAAGAAGUAAUCCUAUUUUUGCAUUUCAGUCAAAAUAAAGUCCAUACCUAAUAAUCUACUAAGUACAGCUACUAUAUAAACCUGAAAUCCCAUGUUUCUUAUAUUAAUAUUUUCCAAUUUACCUUAAAAAUACAAUAUAGAUUCAGAAAGAUCCAUAUUUUUCUAAUGCCUUCACUUUAUAUUAUUUUGUUGGGUUAAAUAAGGAAGCAAGAAAUUGUAUUUGUAUUAAACGAUUAAGAAAGCAAAUGGGUUGAGUUUACUAUAUUUGUAUAUGAUUGCAGAUGAGCCUAUGCCCAUUUUAAAAGAAGAGAUGGACACUAUUUUAACGUGAUCUUUAAUAUGCUUUUAUAUAAAUACAAAUUUGAAAUACAGUUUACUUUGGCUGCUUCUACUUAGUGCCAUGAAGCAUGUUCUUUCUCAUACGCAUAACCCUGGACCAUGACUUCAAGUUGACUCUUUGCUUUGUCUUUUGGAUGGCCCGGCCUACCCUACAUUAACAUGAAAGCAGAUCAUUUUUAAAUAUUGGUUUCGAAAGUCAUAAUUAUUUUAAUAUAAUAAAGAAAUAAAAACGAA